AUGGUCAAGGAAAAUGUCGGGGGAAACCCCGAACCGGGAAUCUACAGCGCAACCUAUAGCGGUAUUCCAGUAUGGGAGUAUCAGUUUGGUGUCGAUCUCAAGGAGCAUGUGAUGCGCCGUCGCCACGAUGAUUGGGUCAACGCUACACAUAUCCUCAAGGCUGCCGGCUUCGACAAGCCCGCCCGAACGAGAAUCUUGGAGCGCGAGGUACAAAAAGACACCCACGAGAAGAUUCAAGGCGGAUACGGGAGAUACCAGGGCACUUGGAUCCCCCUCGAACAGGCCGAAGCCCUCGCUCGCCGCAAUAACAUCUACGAACGGCUAAAACCCAUCUUCGAGUUCCAACCGGGCAAUGAAAGCCCUCCGCCUGCGCCUAGACACGCCAGCAAGCCAAAGGCCCCCAAGGUCAAGCCUGCUGUUCCGACAUGGGGCAGUAAGUCGGCCAAGAACGCCAACCCCCCUCAGCCUGGCACCUUCUUACCACCCGGUCGCAAAGGUCUUCCCGCCCAAGCCCCAGACUACAACGAUGCCGAUACGCACAUGCACGACGACGAUACCCCCGACAACCUUACUGUGGCCUCGGCCUCCUACAUGGCCGAGGACGACCGCUACGAUCAUUCACACUUCUCGACCGGGCACAGGAAACGGAAGCGAGACGAGUUGAUAGAGGAUAUGACGGAACAGCAGCAUGCAGUCUACGGUGACGAACUACUCGACUACUUUUUGCUCUCUAGAAACGAGCAGCCGGCCGUGCGACCCGACCCUCCUCCCAAUUUCAAGCCCGACUGGCCCAUCGAUAACGAGCGUCACACAUGUCUUCAUUGGGCCUCUGCCAUGGGCGAUGUCGAUGUCAUGAGGCAGUUGAAGAAGUUUGGAGCUAGCUUGGACGCACAAAACGUACGAGGAGAGACACCGUUUAUGCGAGCGGUGAACUUCACCAACUGCUUCGAGAAACAGACCUUUCCGCAGGUUAUGAAGGAGCUCUUCUCCACCAUUGAUUGCCGGGAUCUGUCAGGUUGCACAGUUAUACACCACGCUGCUGUCAUGAAGAUUGGGCGUGUCAACAGCCAGUCGUGCUCGCGGUACUACCUAGACAUCAUCCUUAAUAGGCUGCAGGAGACACACCACCCCGAGUUCGUACAACAGCUUCUAGACGCCCAGGACAACGAUGGUAACACGGCUGUCCACCUCGCCGCCAUGCGCGAUGCCCGAAAAUGUGUCAGGGCCCUCCUCGGCCGUGGUGCCAGCACCGACAUCCCGAACAAGCAAGGCAUACGUGCCGAAGAGCUGAUAAAAGAGCUCAAUGCCUCCAUCUCCAAAUCCCGCUCCAAUCUGCCGCAACGAUCCUCUAGCCCAUUUGCUCCCGAUACCCAACGCCAUGAUGCCUUCCACGAAGCCAUCUCCGAGUCCAUGGUCACGAGCCGCAAGAACUCACAGCCGAACUACAGCAGCGACGCGGCCAACACGGUGCAAAAUCGUAUCACGCCCUUGGUCCUCCAGAAGCUCAAGGACCUCACCGCCACCUAUGACAGUGAGUUCAAGGAGAAAGACGAUGCCGAGAAGGAAGCCCGGCGCAUUCUCAACAAGACCCAGUCCGAGCUCAAAGCCCUCACCGCCUCCAUCGACGACUACAACUCCCGCCUCGACACGGACGACGUAGCCGCCAAGACGGCCGCGGAGAUGGCCACGGCGCGACAUAAGGUGUUGGCGUUCGUGACGCACCAGAACCGCAUAUCCGUGCAGGAGGCCGUGAAACAAGAGUUGGCCGCACUGGACCGUGCAAAUGCAGUCACGAACGGCACCUCGACCAAAUUAAAGUCAUCUCCAUCUAAGAAACCCAAACUCUCCCCCACACCAGACCAAAAGGACAAACCGCCCAAGGACGAAAACGAAACCGAGCCCCUCCCCCAAGACACCGAAGUCGAAGACCAAGACCAGGAAGAGGAGGAGGACGACUACACCCACCGUCUCUCUCUCGCCGCCGAGCUGCGGUCCAUCCUCCAAGAACAACGCUCGGCAGAAAACGACUACGUCGAAGCCCGCGGCAUGCUAGGCACAGGCGAGCGCAUCGACAAGUACAAGCAUCUCCUCAUGUCGUGUCUGCCGCCGGAUGAGCAAGAGAACCUCGAGGAAAACCUAGAGGAGAUGAUCAAGUUGAUGGAGCAGGAGGAUGAGAGUGUUACUGACCUGCCUGCUGGUGCCGUGGGUGGCGGCGGGGGGAAUGCUGCUGACGGUUCCGGCGGAGGAGGUCAACCAAGUAAUGGGAGGAGGGAGAGCGUGUUGCCUGCGCUGAGGGGUGGGAAUGGAGAUGGGGAGAUGUCGAGGAGAGGGAGCAGGACCGCUGCUGCUGCCGCCGCCCAGGUGGAUGGGGAAAGGGAGAUUAAUGGUCGAGCUGGAGCGGAAAGAACGGAACGAAUCCAAGAAAUCGCGGCUGUUUAGAACGUGGACGCGAUGAAUCUGGCUGGGGGGUGGUGGCAGGGACCGCAGGGACCGCACGUCCCGCAGUGGGGAUAUGAUGGAUAUGGAUACGGAUAUGGUAUGAUGCAGACGGAUUCCGGUUUGACAAGUCAGGUAUGUACGAUGCAUGAGGUAGAGGGAGGCAUCGCAAGUCUGGUGUGGCAUGGUGACUCGGGAAGAAACGGGAGCGGCAAAAGAUGGAUCGCAGGAGAAAGUGGAUAUGCGGAGCUACUCCCGCGAGUGAAGGAGGAGGAAGAGCAUGAAGAAGAAGUACAUGGAGAGGAGGAGGGUCAAGUUUUGCCUAG